AAUAAUGGGCCGGACGACCACCAAGAUUAGAUUUCAGUUCAAAGUGAUGGUAUUUCAACAUUCGUCAUUCAAUAAAGUGAUUUUCACAGUGAAAACAUGCAUUGUAUUGAAUUUUAUGCUAUUUGUAUCUUUAUCGUGUUUUUUGAAAAGGUAGAAGGACUGCACCUUGCAAAACAGUAUGUAAACAGUGAAGAUCUUUCCCAUGGCUACAGAGCUGUAGUCCAGCAGAAUCUCUCACUCAAUGACUUGAGACCACUCGAAUUCGUUGGAAACUCCAGUCUGACGGCUUUUCAAAAUGGAACAUUGGAAGUAGGCCUACAAGACGUGCCAGCCUCUACUAACGAGUGCAAAAAUUUGACAUGGUAUCUGGAGAAACUAUUAUUUUCUGCAAUCGAAGCUCAAAGUAUUCUGGAUACUUGGAACCAGAGAGAGAAAAAUAUCACCGAAAUUCACCACAUCUGCCAGGAAGACUUCAUCCUUACUAAAAUUGUGUGCUACACCAGACUGAUCAGAGUGAGUGCCCACUCUGUGGCUGAAGUAUUUGUGCUGGUGUGUGAUUGGCUAAGAGAGUCCAAGCAUGAUUUGUCAUUGGUCAUUGCUAGUUUGAAGAAUUGCAUUGGUAUGCUAAUAUCUUCUUUCAGGCAUUGAUUUUUUAAAUAAAAUUAUGUAUGAGUCUUA